AGAUGGCCCAAGGGGGGCCUCCUCCUCAGACGGCCCCAGUGCUCCCCAGGACGUUCGCAGGGCCCCCAGAUAGGUCCAAAACACGGUCCAAGCCAUCACAGGAAGGUCCAGCGAGGUCAACAUUUAGUGAUUGUUGUUCGAUCGCGCACAGUUUGUAUGUCUCCUGCAUUGGUCAUGGCGAAUGUUCGGGUGAUCAUCAAGAACACAUUCUUCGAGGUCGAGAGCUCCAUUGACGAGCCCUUCGCAGCCCCUGACAGUGGCACGCGCCGAGUUCAGUCAUGCCCUCCCAUCCGUGGUAAGGACGAGGACGAGAUCGUUUUCAGCGAAGAUGGUUCUGGUGGUUCGCGACUCAAACACACCGAGUCGCGCAGUGACGCCAGUCGCAGUCUCAGUCUGAUAAUUCGGGCGGACCCUGCCGUCGUAUACGAGGAGCCCGAGGAAGAUGCACUCAGCUGCUGCUCGAUCGACCACUACUGGUGUUGGCAGUCGUCUCAUACUCCUCUUGUCCAUGCCGAUCUUACAGGCAAGGUGGGCGAGAGUCCGUCAGCUUGCAAGCAGAGUGGUCAGGCAUCGGCCUCUCCAAGCGCACGAACGCCUCUGAGCAGCAAGGCCGGAAGCUUUACACCUACGGGUUGCAAUGCUGCGGUCCUCGUUCCGGGCUGCCCACAGACGGUAGGCGCGUUCUGCCGCGCCUCCUCCUCUGCAGGGCAGUGGCCCGAUCCUGACAUCCAACACUUAAGGACUGAUAGUAUGCAGACCACCACGUUGAUCAUGAAGUAUAUACCUUUUGGUGUCACACGCGAUGAGUUGAUCGAUGUCAUAAACGGGCAAGGGUUCGACGGGGCUUACGACGAUGUUUACUUGCCAAGAGAUCCCAAGACCUACCAGGGCAAGGGGUACGCUUUUGUGAAUUUUCUUAGCCAGGAACUCGCCUACAGCUUCCGCGGCGCUUUCAGCGGCUUCACGCAGUGGCCUAUCCGGUGCAUUUGGCUUUGUACGGUGGAGUGGUCUAAGUCUCAGAGGUUUCAGGUGCAUGUAGACCAUUGCUCUAACCAUACUGUCAUGGGGGAUCACAUGCCCGAUUAGUUCAAGCCUGCGAUCUUCGUCGACAAGUCUCGGGCUCUCUUUCCGCAGCCCACUUGAACAACUCGAGUUCGCACCCGUCUGCCACGAUCCCCAUGCUCAGGCUUGCCCUCUGCUGGCCUGGUCUUGCGCUCUGCUCCGGGCUGGGGAGCCCUGGGCUCGCCUCCUUGGAGCUUUUUAACAGGUGGGGUGUGGGGUCCCCUGCCAAGGGGGCCACAAGCAUGUGCGCAAUAGUGCAUGCAAUAGGUCAUCCUGUACACAUACUCAUACAAUGUCACGUGACGUGCAUUUGCUUGACUUUAGUCGAUCAACUUCUCGCACAAACCGUCGUUUUUAACAGCAUCUAGCGCAAUCUAGCUGUAUCCAAUCGAAUGCACUUGAAUCCUGGCGUUUUUUGUUUACGAGCAGAGGUUCGCAAUCAUUGGUGUGCCAAGGUGCACUGGUUGCGUCUAGCCGUGCAAUACUUGAUUUGACCAAUUUAAGUGUUAAGUCCUCUGGCGCGAUAUCUGUGCGCAGUUGUUGCACGCGACCCCACUGGAACUGACCCUUCGCUCAGGCUCUAACUUUGUUGCCAGCGUUUUGUCGUUGAUCGGUAGGAUGGGGUGAAACUGGCACAUCUUGGGAGGGGGGAGGAGGGGAGGCGCUCCCUCGGUGGCCAGCCUCGCUUCGGGCAGCCGUGCGGGCACGCGGCGAGGGCGGUGAGCUGAGUCUUUUAAUGUCGAGUAGGCGCUGGGUGGCGCCCUCAGCACAUUCCAUAUUGGGACGACCAGAAGAGCAUCCCACAAUUUGCAAGCUUUGCGUGCAGGCGUCAGCCACGACGACCCGCAUGGAACGGCGCCAGUGACUACCGCCGUGCCUGCGAGUAUCGCGCAGCUGACACCCUUUUGCUCCCGUUCGGCUCGGGUUCGCCGGUGUCGGCUUGGCCGCGCGUCCGUGCAGGCGGUCCAGAAGAAACAUAUUAUGUUUGUGUGGUCCCCCGCUGUACCAUAGUUUCCCAGAUGGGUUAUUCGUCGUACAUGGAUUCUGUAUAGUGCAGGUGUGCCGCGCGGCAGCAAUUUCCUCCCAUGCCUGCCGAAGAUGGUAAUUCCUUCCCUUGGGGCGCAUUUUCUGUUUUCUGAACGUGCCCCCAGGCGGUGAAGUCUGACUGGGGCGGGGAGGGGGCAGUAUACAGAAUAGUCUUGAGGGCAAGAGAGCCUGAUGACGCAAAGACCCCCAAGACGGCGACUCCAGCAUGUGUUCAAGAG